AUGCUACGCGAGACAUUCAUACUUGCAUUGCUUGCAGGUGCAAAUGCAGACUUGCAGCCUUUCUACCAGUCUGCGGGGUAUGACAUGAGUCAAUAUGGCGCCUGGCCAUUGCAAUCGUAUCUCUCUUCGAGAAUCUCGGGCCCUAUACUCAACUACUGGAACCGCAGCCAGGCCUGCGAAGAUGGAUCCUACACAUUGAUCGCGCCGCGGGGAGAUUCGGUCAGACAUACCGGACCAAUGAUCCUCGAUGAAAGUGGGAAUCUUGUUUGGUUCAGGGAGUACCCAACUACAUAUAAUCUCAACAUAAAAUCAUUCCGCGGGGAGGACUAUCUGACAUUCUGGGCCGGAAACGAUGGCAUUGGAGGACAUGGCGAUGGGACAUACUAUAUGCUGAACUCUCAAUAUGAAGAAGUAUACAAAAUCCGUGCUGUGAAUGACCUUCCAGCGGACAUGCACGAGUUUCAAAUCACGCGCGAUGACACCGCUCUGUUCGUCUGGUAUGACAAACAGCCUGCGGAUCUGCAGAUUGUCGGCGGAUCAGAAGAUGGCUGGAUCUAUGAUGGCGGAUUUCAAGAGGUGGAUGUGGAAACCAAUGAGCUUCUCUUCCAGUGGCGAGCGUCGGAUCACUUCAAAUUCACAGAUGGCUACCGGGGACCAGAGGAAAGGGGCAACUCCAAAGACGUCCCAUGGGACUUCUUCCACAUCAAUAGCGUUGACAAAGACUUUCGCGGGAAUUUCCUGGUCUCAUCUCGGUAUAUGAGCUGUCUCGCUUAUGUGGACGGAAAGACCGGAGAUGUUAUCUGGAGACUGGGUGGAAAGGACAAUUCCUUCCAGGAUUUGUCAGACGGUACAGCGACGAAUAUGAAAUGGCAGCAUCAUGCCAGAUUCCACGAUGGCUCGCAUGUGUCUUCGGGGUCCGUUGCGUCCAAUCGAGUGAUCACGCUGUUUGACAAUUCAUCCCGCGGAAAGGGAGCCACAGAAAGAACCAGCCGUGGCCUGUUCCUUGAUAUCGACGAGCAAAACAUGACCGCUCGAGUGAGGCAUGAGUACUGGAACUCGAUUGCAAUUAGCAGCCAGUCUCAGGGAUCAUUGCAGGUUCUUGAAAAUGGGAACAUCCUGGUUGGAUAUGGAUACAACGCCGCCUGGACCGAGUUCUCCAUGAACGGUGAUGUACUAUGUGAAGCCCAUUUCGGACCAGCGGGGGGUUUCGGAAGUGGUAAUAUCAUCUCAUAUCGCACCUUCAAGCAUCAAUGGACCGGGAGGCCGACUACUUCCCCCAGCGUGGCUUUUGCAGAGACACAUGUGGCAGUGAGUUGGAACGGAGCCACGGAUGUAGCGACGUGGGUUCUGGAAGGAAUUGGCCAUGGCCUCAACUUCACCAGCAAUUCAGACACUAACCUGGAUGAGUUCGCAAUCGUCUCUGCUGUGCCCAGGUCCGGAUUCGAGACUGAUAUUCCCGUGCCUGACCAAAUGCCAUAUCGAAAGCUCCGAGUUGUCGCUCGGGAUCAGAACGGCGAGAUCCUGGGCCAAACGACUGCUGUCAACUGGACUCCGGACCAGUUUCGGAACGAAGUGUUGGUUGUUUCUGGCGAGGAAACAAAUGUGGAGCACGGAAACAAGGCGAAAAUUUUGCUGUCUGUCUUCAUACCUCUGUCUGCAGCGUUGGCUGUAUUCUGCUUGUGGCUAGGGAGAAAGCAUCUCCAGCUUCGCGCGUGGAGAGGAUCAUUCCACAGUGGUAUUGCCCGAGGAGCCAAGGAAGAGGUGUGGCUCCCUCUCGGCGUUUCAGAUGAGUUGGACGGCCCAGAGGAAAGAGGGCAGCCGGAUGAGCCUGUGGAUUUAGAACAUUGUGACCAAGACGUUGCGCUUCUUGGCGGACGACGGAACCGUGGUCUUUUCGUGUAG